AUGCAACACCCCUACCAAAUUACAGCUUUGUGCGGUUCCCAGGCCUUUGCGCCCGAGGGUCUUCUAUUGGCUGCUUGUGGUGCUAAAAUCAUUUCUGUAAAACUUUCAGAUGGCUCAAUUGUUUCUCAAUGGCCGGAGCAAAAGGUCGAUAGUUCUGUAGAAGCCACUUCAGAUGGUCCUCCAGGCAAGAAGCGCAAACUUGAACCGGAAAGCACAACUUCUCCAAAUGUCAUCAAACUAGCACUGUCUGCUGAUAGCAAUCAUGUCGUUGCUGUGACUGAUGACAAGUCUGUCAGAGUCUUCGAGGUGACUGAGGCUGGUAAGCUGAAUCAAUUGAGCGAAAGAACCAUGCCCAAGCGUCCUUGUGCUGUCCUAGUAACCCCAGACAACAAAACCAUCUUGUGUGGUGACAAGUUUGGAGAUGUGUACUCCCUACCUCUGUUUCCAUCUGCCAGCGUCGACCAGGUCGAAGAUAGCUCAAAUGCAGAGAUCAAGGAGGAAGCCGGUCCUAAGAAAUACGUCCCUGCAGCCUCUACUCUGACCGUACAUUCUGGCCGCAACCGUAGGGCACUGGAGAAUCAAAUGAAGCAGAAGGAUCUGCAAGCCAAAGCCAAAGAGGGGCCCAAAUUCGAGUGUCAACUCCUCCUUGGACAUGUUUCGAUGUUGACCGACGUUCAAUUUGCGACUGAGGAAGUCGAUGGCAAGACCCGUGGCUACAUCAUCACUGCCGACAGAGACGAACAUAUCCGAAUCUCUCGUGGAGCUCCUCAAGCACACAUCAUUGAGCGCUUCUGUCUUGGACACAAAGACUUUAUCAGCAAGAUCUGCUUGUUGCAAGGUACCGAUCUGCUAAUCAGUGGUGGUGGAGACGACUGGUUGGGAGUGUGGGACUGGCGUGCUGGUAACCUCACAGAAAAGCGUGACAUGAGAUCUGCACUCGCUGCUCUCUUCUCUUCUCAAAGCUCAAAUACUUCUUUCGGAUCCGAAAGCUCGAUUGCGGUGUCUGGACUCUGGACUGUACCUUCUGGCACGGACAACAAGGAAUCUGCAAUCCUGGUUGCUUGUGAGAAGCUGCCAUGUCUCUUGAUAUCAACACAAGGCUCAGCCUCCCGCAUGGUUGGCGUGCCUUUACCAGGAGUGCCCUUGGACGUCGCUGUAAUUGGAAGUACUGUCAUUGUCUCUAUGCAUGUCACCGAGGUACGUCAAUCUUCCAGCAGUCUUCCAAGUCGACAGUCUAACCAAUCGAAGGCAUCGACCCCACGCCUCCAAGCUUACAAGGUGUGCAACAACGAAUCUGGAAUGACUUUAGAGCUCGAUCAGAACUUCGGUGUGAAGCUGACUGCUGCCAACAAUCUCAUGCUCCCUGCUCCAGAGCGGAAGCAGCUUGAGAGUUUGCUGUAUGGAAUCGAGAACUUGAGAAAAAGAGGCGCUCCAGAUGAAGGACAGGACGCUGCAUCGGAACAAGCAAUUGAUGGCGCCACUAACGAGAUGCCAGAAGACACUCCCUUGGAGGAGUAG